AAAUGUGUUCGAAGCAGGAAGCGGAGUUGUCGGACCUAACCGUCGAAGCGGAGGUUUUAGAUACGGAAGAAGUGGCCGUGGUAGACCUUCUCACCUCAUUUGGAUUAUCGUUAGAUGUUAUUGGUUUGUUCAUAGAUAACCGCUACACUCUCGAGUCGUUGAAAAUUGUGGAAAGGAAGGAGCUGGAGGAAUUAAUCCAAUCUCCACAUCUGGCUGAAAGAUCCAAGUGCAUUUUCGGGUUAAAUUCUUGGCGUGAGAAACAGGGAAUUCAUCCUGUCACAUGCAUAAAAUGUCAGCAUUCGUCAACGUCUGCUGCAGCUGACCUUCCACCGGAAAUAUCUCGUGAAAAGUGCACAGCCACUUAUUUGUUGAACACGUCUUCAAAAGGUCGCGGGAUUAUUGAAAAUUAUAAACAAACUGGUUAUCUGACCCGGACGAACAAGAAGGCUAUCACUCACAUCAUCAUUGACGAAUUCAAGGAUCGGUUUUCAAAAUUAAUACCAGUUGAACUCUUGGGCAGGUCAUUGGAACUGAGCCAGAUAUUCCCGAGUGAACCACAGGGGUUUUAAUGCCGAUCAAGUUUCACCUGAGGAAAUAUUUGGAAUGCAACGAUGUCCUAAAAACAAUAAUUGAUCAUCUGGCGCCAUCUCGGGAUGGCAUUAUACGUAGUAUCGUAGACGGCACGAUAUGGCAACAGAGAAUAUUUGGCAUGUCAUCGAAAAUCAUCAUCCCAUUGAAUUUGUUUUGUGACGAUUUUAAUACUGGAGAUACCGUUUCACCAACGACACGACCAGGCACUGCAUGGAACAGGUCUGUUGAAAAUGUGACCGAGCAAUUGAUCGCAAGUUACCCGUAUAUUGGCUCACCCCUCGGUAAUACCAAAAAAAUUAUGUUUUGAGCAACACUGCUUGGAUUUUCACUAGGAUACCAAACACACCAUAUUAAAAUAAACAAAACUUCUAAUGGAAAACCGAAUAAAACAGUCCAACUGGACUUUUAUGACUGCUUUUGGUGAGUAAGAAUUAUGUUAUUUGUUACAGAAUGGUAGCAUCCGAUUGAAAAUUUAUUUCGUUUCAGCACUCAAAAGAAAGUUAUGUCUCUUAUUUCAACGCGUUGGUUCUGGAUGUGCACCAUCUAUCGGCUUCCGGUCCUGAUUGGACUACGUGCCUACAUCAAAGAUAUGAACACGCUGAACUUUGUUUCCAACUCGGAGCAGGACAGGGCUUCCUGAACACAGUCGAAAACUUCCUGACACUGUUUCCGAUUUUCACAUUGUCAACAAGCCUCCCGAUAACUGCCAGGAUGCUCUUCGACACCACUCAGCUGGAUUAGUAGAAUUUCGUGUACAAGGAGUUUUCUUCGCUGCUUGCGAUUCCUUUCCUACACCAAGGGCAUUAUUUCACUCGCCGGAGUUUCCGGGUGCUGCACCGAAACCUACACAGUAUUUUAUUGCAAUACUACUGGUGUGCGGAGCGAGGCGAACCUGCGACAGCAUUAUUGAUUAUGAAAUCGCAAACGAAUCUCUCAAUUCGUUUGCGAAAUAUCUUUGGAUGCUGCUGAUGCUGGACCGCGACCUAUCUGGUUGGUUGGUGACAGCCGAUUUGAUGAAGUAGUGUGAGCAUGUUUGAUAAGAGCAUGUUACGCCGAUUAAGUUUCCGGAAAAAAAUCUUACAACAAGAAAUUGUGAAUUGCUUCGUUGUAGUGGGUAAUAUAUAAUAAAAUACCAUACGGUAAUUCUGUUAUAUGUAAAGUCACUUUGAAUAGUAAUUUACUAAUUAAUAAUACAUACAUUUCAAAGAAGUUUCCUACGAAUUUGAUGAU